AGUUACUUUUCAAGGUGUGGCUAGUAGGAUUGCUGUUUAUUAUCUGGCAAUGGAAAGCAAUGGGCUAAGGGAAAGAAUGGCAAGCGAGAGCAGUAGUCAACCUGGAGCGAGAGAAGGAGAAGAGACCAACGUUUUAGAUCUAGGCUCGUUCAUGAACCAUUACUAUAGAGUGAGAGAUCAGCUAUGGCCCCUUGGUAGAUUAUUGAUAGUCAUUGAUAAAACAAGAAGGUGGGAGAACUACAGUGUAUCAUUGUGCGUAUCAACUUCACUUGUAUUCUUACUUCUCUACCCAAGAGUACUGCUAAUGACUGCUAGCAUAUUAUUAUUCAUGACAAUACUAGCUGGCAAUCAGUUUAUACUGGGAUCAGUUUUUGGGAACAAUAAUAAAAAUAGUAUGAAUAGCUCAAAGAGAAAAGUCACUCCUCCAAUGAUGAUCAGCCAUGAUGCACAAGAAAUGGACAAGCUAUCAAAAGAGGAAAGAAGCCGACAAAAAUCACUAAAGGAAUAUAGAUACAUAGUUAAAAAAGCUGAUGAUGUUUUAAUUAGUUUAGGAAAUUAUCUCAACAGUGUUAAGAGUAUUUUUAUGUGGACUAAUCCUAGAGAAUCGGCUAAUGUUUGUUUUUUCUUGUUACUUGUCACAAUUUCACUGAUCUGGAUAUCAGCCGCCAUGUUGCUCUCACUGCUAUGUUUACUGUUCUUCUUUUUUAAUCAAAGUUUCAUUAACGAGACAAGAUCAGUUUUAAGAAGAAUUAAAAAUUCAAUGAUCAGAUCUAAACCAGUAUCACAGUCACGUUUAAUAACUCCUUCAAAUUCAUCAACUACUCUUCCAUCAACUGCUGGUCCAGCUCCUGAUCAAUCAAACACUCAAAGUAACAAUAAUGAUGAUGAAAGCCCAGCUAAUAAUAAUGCUAAUAAUGAAGAAAUGACAUCAUCUAAUGAAACUAGUGAAAGACAUCACGGAAAAGAGCAUGAAAAAAAUAACAAUUGCAAUAAUUGUGGUGCUUCAUUUGCCAGUUUAUUAAAGAGAAAGCACACUUGUAAUUACUGUGGACAGAUCUAUUGUGGAUCCUGUACAGUAAAAGUAACAAAAGCAUCACUAGGAGCAACAUCUCCAGCUGCUUUCCAACAGACAGUAAGGGUAUGUCAGGGCUGCAAAAUAAAACUAGACUCACCAUCACAACCUGGAGAUUAAUUAUUUAUUUAUUAUUAUAAUUAUUUUAUACAAUUUGGCUGUAUUCCAGUGUGAAUUUUAAUUUACAUGUCUUUAAUUUUAUUAACAAAAUUGCAAAUAAU